GUUACCGUCAAUGGCACUUCUUGUGUGGGUCCCAAAUCAUGGACACUGAUAAGGUGUGAAUAAGAAUCUAAAUGUGUGAAGAACCAUUGAGCACAGAUUAUCUCCCAGAGCAUGCUAAUUGUAUUCUAAUUGAAAGAGGUUGCAUUUUCCCAGCUCUGGUGGUGCUAUAGGGGAGAUCAUUAAGAAUUUAUUGUGUCGGCAAUCAGUCAUGCGCCGGCAACAAAUGAAGUGAGACGUGAAAGUACUCGGGUGUGACGAAGGGGGGACCGGCAAUCAAUAGGUCACAACAACUCACCAGAAUUACUCAUUCUGGGACGUGUUAACCUUGACCACCGCGGCUAUCAUUCUCCACCGCCGUCCUCUGCUUUACGUGUUAGGAAAAUAAGAAGUUGCAGCUUUCGUCAUCUCGGAGGAAGGCUGAGGCGGUGAUUGUGAUUGAUGGUAGCGACAGUGAGACGGAGUCAGCACGGAGUUCUGGUAGCCGCGGGACCGCCGCGCCGACGCAUGUCUCCUCUCCUGGGUCACCGGCAGGAGGGGGUGCGUCCGACACAGGCCUAAAGCCGCCCCCACUGACCAUGGUAGCAACGCCUACACAUCCAACGUCGAGUGUUUCUCCACUUCACCAGCGUACACUAGGUGGCGCCCCUUCUGUUACAGCCAGCAGCUCUUCUCACAAUGGUGGUGCUUCCAGCUUCGCUGCUGCACUAAGGAAGCUCGCCAAACAAGCUACUGAUCCACCAGCUCCAGGGUCGGUACCCGAGCACGUUCCCUCUCCUCCGCGAGUGGGAAGUCACAGUCCGGCCGCAGCGAAACCACCCAGUCGUCAGGGGUCAUCCUCACUGACCGGACACCAGUCUUCGUCUCCCAGAAUCGGAGCAGCCCUGUCCUAUAGCAACGCGGGAGAGAGAAGAAAGAGUUCUGAAAGGCCACCGUCCGGGGAACGUAGUAGCCAUUCGAGCAAGUCUUCAGACUCCAACCACCUGCCCGCGGUCAAGACAGAAAAAGUGACCCCCGGGCCAUCAACUGGACAACAGAGAACCACACCGGCUAGCCAGUCUUCAGACCUCGGGGUACCACACAGCAGGCCGAUCCCCCACCACAUCGGACUUGAGGAGAUGUCCAACCACACGUCGUCCAGCCCACGCGGCUUCCAGCCUUACCGUCCCGAGGACAUCAGGCACGCCCUGCCCAUUCCCUUCGGCUUCGACAUGGCGUCGGCGCCGACCUACCAUUCCACGCCAUAUCACCCCGCACUGUUCGCUGGGACGCCAUUCCCCCACCCAGCAUUCAGACUUGAGGACCAUUACGAGCAGUACCGUCUGGCCGGCCUGCGGGCCCCCUUCAUGCCCGUGCCCCCUCCCCACAGUGCCUUCUUACCCGGACACCCUCCCCCCGGCCUCCCCAUCUCCAUGCACGGCAUUCGGUACCCGCCCCACGAGAUGAUCACCCCUUACCUGCACGGCUCGCCCAGGCACCCUGCUGUGGGGAGUGACAGGUCUGCUGCUGAACAGGAGUCCAGGGAACGGAGCCAAAACAAUCACGACCAGGACCACCAGGACAAAGACAGAGAACGACAGGACAGGAACAGAGACAAGGAUAGGCCUCAGGAGGAACCAAAGAACUUGUCAGUUGCCGCCAACGGCACGGCGGAGAAGGAUACGAAAGACGUGAUACUGGUGAAGGAGCGAGAGCGGCCGCGGACAGAAGCCAGGGACAAGCAGUCUCCCAGGAUGUCACAUUUUCCAGGACUCCACUCUGUGCAAAAUGGAGACAUAAGCUCGUCCAGACGGCACGACAUCUCGUCGCCGACGCCGUCGCAGCUGAGUAACGGGGACCGCUCGCGGGCGCUGGUGCAGAUGGAGUUCCAGCACCAGCAGUACAUGAAGCGGCUGAACCAGGAGGAGCGCUGGCAGAGCAGACAGCGCCAGAUGCGCGAGGAGAAGGCUGAGAGACAGCAGGAGGUGUCCAGCUACAGACAGCAGCUGUUACAACAGCAACAGGGAACAUUGCGAGCUUCACCUAAUCUCAAGCACGGCCCCUCGCAUGUAAAUAGAGAAAUGACUCCAAACAAUCACUCCGAAGAGAGGAACCAUUCCGAGAGGGUGGACAGCAAAGAGGCCAUCCACCUACCCCCCAACAGUCACCCCCCUCCGUUGGUACCCCCUCAGAACGUCCACUCCUUUACUAGGGAGGAACCCUGGAAGUUCCACCUUGCUCACGCGAAGCACCCACUGGAUAAUCUCCGUGCAGUCAGCGAGGUUAGAAUACCGACCACCCCACCAUCCUCAGUCGCCGCCCAUUCCAAUCAGUACGACUACGACAGGCACCCUCCCGCACGGACGUCCCCGGCGAAUCAUGACAAACCACAUUCCGCCGGACCUCAUCAGGCGGCGGUCAGGACGGACAAGUCUCCGCGCCCGCCGCGCGGGGAGAGAACUUUCCGCAAUCACUUCGAGCGCUUCAACCACGAGCAGUCGCUGCUGAUCAACGGGCACCUUGACCGGGUGGCGGAGACGUUUCUGGACCAGUCGAACCAGUACGCGUACGACCACCGCAGGCUGUCGGAGCUCGCUUACAACAUCAACGUCAGCAAGGCCCUCUCUGUGCCCUUCACGGAAUACUUCCUGGGAAUUCAGAGGACUAACAGGGCAGAUUCUGACGAGGACAGACACGUGGUGAGCAAACUGGACAUGGAGGAGAGCAAAAUCCGGGAGGCCCGGAUGAGGGGCACGUACAGAAGUGACUGUGAUUCAGACAGUGACAGUGACAUUGAAGUCCAGCGAGCUAAACUGCAGAAAAUUGCGUCAGGUCCACCGUUGCAACUAGACGAGUCACCAAAGAAACUUUAUUUUCUGGAGAAGUUUGGGCUGACCACUCAAAAGAGGAAAUGUGCUGUCCACGAGGAGAAGAGGAGGAAGAGGAGGCGGAUGUUGAUGGAGCGCAGCCCGUCUCCGUCCAAGUCUGACCACGAGGACGAGAACCAGCCGUGCAGCCCGCUGACCACGUCCUACACGCCCGAGGACAUGGUGCAGGAAGGGAACCUGGAGGAUAAGAAGUCGUUCCUGGCUGAGAUGGGGCUGGGCUUCAUGCACACGGAACAUAGGAAAGGUGAGGAGAAACAUGAAAAGCAACGUGAUCAGCAGAUAGUGGAUGCCUUUAAGUCAGGGAAACUGAGGAGUCUUCUCGCUGCACCCAGCACCAACAAUCACAAGGUCCCUUCUGUAGAGUCUAAGAGGCCUAUUAGCAACACAGGUGCGACUAGUAAAGACAGCACAAAGGGAAAACCGACAGAACCUGAGACUCCCAGCACACAGAGACUUCCUCCCAGCCCUGUACAGCAACCUCCUACUCACAACCAUUCCCAGCCGCCCUUCCCGAACCAAAGGCAACCCCUCCAACCAAUCCAUCCUCAAGCUAAGGCGUCGACCUCCCCGGUACCCCCCACCCCACAACAGGCCCCUCCCCCUGCACACGACAGACAACCGCUGGCGUAUCGGCCUCAAGAUGUACACAACAACGUCAAGAAGAGGAGCCAGGAAGCAUCGAGUACACAAAAGCACGAAAACCACCAGUCCUUCGCUCAACGGUUUCAUGAGUCGGUGCUGCAAUCUACCCAGGAGGCCCUAGCCCAAAAACAAGUCCACAGCAUGCCCGUCGGUCAGCAACCGGAGAAACCCGUCAGUGCUCCCCAGGAGAGCUGGCCACGACAUGCCCGCGCCACUCCUACACACGCUCCAUUGCCGCUCUUACAGCAAGCCACGGACAGGGACGAUGGGAACGGGGAGGGGCAGGGACGCAUGAACUGGCCAGGUGUCGCCGUCAUCAUGGAAGCCUAUCAACGUUAUUCACAAGAACAAGAGUUGGAGAGAGAGGUCCUGCAGGGCCAGUUCAGCCACCUGCAGACGACUCACAGCAGUCUGAACAGAACAGCCGAGACUCUCAGCCUCAGGAUGUCGGAUCUAAUCCGAACCAAACAACAACUGGACGAAGAGAGGGAACACAUCCAGGGUGCAAUAGACAACCUCAAGUUAUUCUUCAAAAGAGUCUUUUAGUAUCGGUCACAGAUCCCACAGGAACUGUUGUGGAAUAGCUGAAGCGUUGGGAAUCAACUGCAUUUCCUUCAAACCGUAUUUGGUUCAACUAUCGUUACAAGAGGCGUCAGCCCAAAAUUGAUAGAAAAUUGUUGUUGUAAGCUUAAUGACCUGCUAAUGUCUAAAAUGCAAUUCUGCAGUUUGUCCUUUUUUUAAACUGGAGGUAUUUAAUGAAUACAGAUGUGGCAAAUGAGAAGAGUAGAUGACGAAAUUAAUGGGAAUAAUGAAAUUAUUAUUGAAUUUUGGUAAUAAAAGAAAUCAUUAAAUUGUAGAAUCAAAAAGCCAAAUCUAGCACUUUUAGGUCAUUCUCAUGUUGUUAUUUGUGUUCUAUACAAUUGCACAAUACUGCUUUUUGUACUGUUCAUGCAAUAGCAACUGUCCUUUUUAAUCAUUCACAUUGAGUGGUGAUUUUUUUUUUACAUUUUUCAUAGCAAAUGGACUAGGUCAGCUUGAACUGCAAUGUAGUAAAUUUUUUUCAUAGCUGCCAGGUCAUUGAACAUGCCUACUUUUGGACAAGUAGCUUAGAUGAAGAAGAGAUAGAUUCAUUGCAAAUAUAUUGACCACCUUGCAAUAGCAGAAGCUUGGUUGUGCAAAAUAUCUUUGUGUCCGAGACAGCUUUGAAGACUUUAAAGGAAGCAGUUGUGUUUUAUGUAUCAAGUUUCUGAGGGUCUUUCUUCGAGAAAUAAAACAACAUCUAGGUCACCCACAGCUCUUUGUAUGUUAAAUGGGUGAAGAACUUAUGUUAUGCCCCUUGGGAGAAAUUUUGUAUUAUUACCAAAUCGGUGGGCUGUUGUAUAAUUGUCGGUGCUAUCUAGCAUAAGAAUAUCUUCACCAAACUCGAAAAAAUCUCCACGAAAACCGGAAGAAUCUGGUCUUCGCUUUAAGAGAGGAGCAAUGGAAGUGUGCAAAUGUUUGACAAGAAAAAGUCAAGCUGCAAUAGAAUGUAAGACUAGGGUGGCAUCGGGAAGUAUGCCCGAUGCAGAGACCUUUCCGAACAUUUGCACAAGCACCGGACUUGUACAAGAGAAUGUGUAUCUAUUCCACAUGUAUAGGAAUCAGUGUAUUUUAGACCAAGUCAGUGCUUACAUCUAUUUUAUUUAUUCUACCGUAGGAACAAUCUUGUACAGAACUGUUAUUAUCACAGAGGCUUGGCUGUCAAAAAGGCAGAAUAAAGAGAUACUUUUUUCCAUGUA